UGAUGGUGAUAAUAAUGAUGAUGUUUCAAACAGAAAUAUCACUCAAUCGACCGAUUCAUUGAAUGUAUUGAGGAAUUUAUUUAAAUUUCGUAACCGAAAUUCGCAAACUAAUCAUAAGAAUUAUCGAAAUUGUUCAUUACGUUCGAAUAAAUCAUUAAUUGAUGAUGGCGAUCUUAAUGAAAAAAUGAUCAAUGAUCCAUAUGUUGAAACAAUUGAACAUUUAAAAAUGAAAUCAAAAUUACAACAUAAACAUCGUCAAUUAAAUGAAAAAUGUCUUCAGCAACUUAUCAUUGAUUGUUUCUCAUUGAAACAAAAACUAAAACAUUAUUAUCAAAAACAUCACCAAGAAUUAUCAGCAAAUGCUGAUAAUUUGGAUCAAUAUUUUCGUUAUCGUGUACGUACAAAUGAUUUACAAACCAAGAUUGUUCAAAUGAAUCAAUCCAUAGACACUUAUCGUCAACAAUACCGGAACACAAUGGAUCAAAUACAUACAUUAAGUAAUUCCAUACAUAAAAGCAGAAAUGGUUUAUGUGACAUCCAAUCAUGAGAUGGCAACACUGUCGAUGAAAAUAAUUUUGUAUAUCCCAAAUUCAUAAAUUAUUGGCGGGAAAACAACA